AUGUAUACGCCACAGAUUUGGUCUAUUCUACUUUUUGUUACGAUGGCGUUAUCUACGGAACUUGCGCUAUGGAAUGGUGCUCUAUCGAACGCUACCCUUGCGUCUGUGGCGGAUACUUUCGGGGUGUCAGAGAGCGAUGUCAUUGCUCUACUCACGGCGACGAAUUUGAGCACUAUCAAUAUAGAGCCUUGGAUGCAUCUAAUCAAGGGCAUUGGUUAUAACACUAGUGAAUGGACAGACGGCAUCAAGCUGGAGUUUCUUCAAAAACAUAGAAAGCGGACUCGAAGCCUAUAUUCAGCAAAUACCUACCGGCAUGGCUAA